CUCCCGCUGGCAGUAUAUCUGUCCCGAGUUUGUGGCUGCAUGCCAUUGACGGAGCGGGUGGCCCGCUGGAGUGGAUGGCAUUUGAGGAAAUAGGACGUUGGAGGUUAUCUGGAGGCGAAUCGGUUAACCCAAAGAGAGGCAUGGGAAGAAGGAAAUUUAUCUUCAGCCGAAAUGACAUUCAGGAAAAGUGUGAAUAUUUUGACAGAAAAAAAGUAUUGUGGCUCUGUUAUAGCGAAAAAGUGUUUUUGCUAUCAGAGCUUCGUGUUUGCAGAUUGUUAUUCCAAAGUUAUAUUAAUGCUUUUGAGAUGCUGGCUGAGUGUCGAGUUGCAGUUGCCAGCAAUGUUUUACACGAUUUGUCUAUUAAAAUGCAGGCAAAAUUCCAAUUCGAAUCAGUUUACACAGUACUAAAUGUAGUUUUAAAUGUUGUUUGUAACUAA